UGAUCAUUAGUUCAGCGAGGACAGUUGAAUAAUCGGGAGCUCAAAGUUGCUUCUGCCUCCGGGAGAGGUCUGUUGGGCGACGGCUUUUUUUUCUUUUUUUGAAAAAGGCAAACAUUUGUUAACCAUCCACCUCCAGAAGUGAGUUUUUAUUGAAGAAGCUCCAGCUGCUCCGCACUCGCUGCCAGCAAGCCGGCGGGGCUCUGGGAGAGGGAGCUGUUUCUCAGGCCGGGCACGGCGGCGGUGCUGGCAGGUCUGAAAGAGCAGGAGACAGCCGCUGCAUGCCGAGCUCCCGGCCCUGCAGCUCCCCGGGCCGGCCCUCCCAGCGGCCGUGUAGCCAGCGACCCUUGGUAUUGUGGUGACAUUCCUCCUCCAAAGUGACCAGUCACCGUCAGCGACGUUGGGAGGAAGGAAGCCGCGAUGCUGCAGAUGCUGUGGCGUUUUCUGUGUAGCUUUCUCCCUAGGGCCGGGUGCCAAGGCUCCAGAGAGGGGGCCGAUAAGGAAGUCAGAGGCAGCCCGGCUCCUGCUCGGGGAGACCAGAUGUCGAGCUUUUUGGGGAAACAGGACGGCAGGGCUGAGACCGCAGAAAGGAGACCCACCAUUUUGCUGGUGGUCGGACCUGCAGAGCAGUUUCCUAAGAAAAUUGUACAAGCUGGCGAUAAAGACCUCGAUGGGCAGCUGGACUUUGAAGAGUUCGUCCAUUAUCUCCAAGAUCACGAGAAGAAACUGAGGCUGGUGUUCAAGAGUUUGGACAAAAAGAACGAUGGGCGCAUCGAUGCCCAGGAGAUCAUGCAGUCCCUGCGGGACCUGGGGGUCAAGAUAUCCGAACAGCAGGCAGAAAAAAUUCUCAAGAGAAUACGGACGGGCCACUUCUGGGGCCCUGUCACCUACAUGGACAAGAAUGGCACGAUGACCAUCGACUGGAACGAGUGGAGAGACUACCACCUUCUGCACCCCGUGGAGAACAUCCCUGAGAUCAUCCUGUACUGGAAGCAUUCCACGAUCUUUGAUGUGGGUGAGAAUCUGACCGUCCCCGACGAGUUCACGGUGGAGGAGAGACAGACGGGGAUGUGGUGGAGACACCUGGUGGCCGGAGGUGGGGCCGGGGCUGUGUCCAGAACCUGCACGGCACCCCUGGACCGACUCAAAGUGCUCAUGCAGGUCCAUGCCUCCCGCAGCAACAGCAUGUGCAUCGUGGGCGGGUUCACCCAGAUGAUCCGAGAGGGGGGGGCCAAGUCACUGUGGCGUGGCAACGGCAUCAAUGUCCUCAAAAUUGCCCCCGAGUCGGCCAUCAAAUUCAUGGCCUAUGAGCAGAUCAAGCGUCUUGUCGGGAGUGACCAGGAGACGCUGAGGAUUCACGAGAGGCUUGUGGCAGGGUCCUUGGCGGGGGCCAUCGCCCAGAGCAGCAUCUACCCAAUGGAGGUUCUGAAGACCCGGAUGGCCCUGCGCAAGACUGGCCAGUACUCAGGCAUGCUGGACUGUGCCAGGAAGAUCCUGGCCAGAGAAGGGAUGGCCGCCUUCUACAAAGGCUACGUCCCCAACAUGCUGGGGAUCAUCCCCUACGCGGGGAUCGACCUGGCCGUCUACGAGACACUCAAGAAUGCCUGGCUGCAGCGCUAUGCAGUGAACAGCGCGGACCCCGGAGUGUUCGUGCUCCUGGCCUGUGGCACCAUGUCCAGCACCUGUGGCCAGCUGGCCAGCUACCCACUGGCUCUCGUCAGGACCCGGAUGCAGGCCCAAGCCUCCAUCGAGGGCGCUCCGGAGGUGACCAUGAGCAGCCUCUUCAGGCAGAUCCUGCGGACGGAGGGAGCCUUCGGCCUGUACCGGGGGCUGGCGCCCAACUUCAUGAAGGUGAUCCCAGCCGUGAGCAUCAGCUACGUGGUGUACGAGAACCUGAAGAUCACGCUGGGCGUGCAGUCUCGGUGACGGGAGGGAGGCCGCCCCCGCCCGACGGACUCGCGAUCCUGGGCCGGCGGCCCAGGGUGUGGAGCCAUCUCAUUCUGUGAAUGCGCCGACACUAAGCUGACUUAAGCCAAGCUGUGAGAACCCUGGGACGCGCCUGCGAGGGGUGGGGGGGCUGGCAGGCCCCCUGGGUGUGUCCUGCUGGCCGUGGCCAACCCUCGAGUCUGUCCCAGGGGACACUCAAGGGUACUCCUCGGGCCCAGGGGUCAGCAGGACACAGGCUCAUGCGCAGUAGGGACAGGACAUUUCCUGCAGCGCCUGCCAGACAGCAGGGCUUGGAGGCCGGCUUAGUUCUCCCACCGUUUCUUCCCACCCAGACCCUCGCCGAGGGCUCUCGCCCACUCUGCUUCUUCCUCGCUGCUGUUUUCAGCCGGGAGAAGAAGGGCUGCUAGCCCACUCCCGCGACCCGCCUCACUCCUCUGCCCUCAGUCCAUGCAAGGGGACAGGUGCUUCCACCUGACGUCACCACCCUGACAGCAUCGCCUGUGGCUAGGUUGCGCAGGGAAGAGGGAGGAGCCUGGCUGUGCGCUCACCCUCACCUGGGCACCGAUACGUACGUGCGUGCGUGCGUGCAUGUAGGGGCAAGGCCCAGCCCCGCCGCUGGCUGCCUGGUGCCCGGGUGCAUGGCUUCCCGGGAGGCGUGUGCUGGUCCCGAAACCCGGAGGCUUCCUCCCGUGCUGCUUGGGUCCCCUGGUGCUCUGAGCUGGCCCGGACUCUCGCAGGACUGGCGCUGGCUCAGAGCCAGCUCUCCCCGUCCCUGUGGGGGCACGAAGGCGGCGGGGCAUGGCGGUGGGGCAGGAAGGCCAGUUUCUGCCCCGAGUCCGAGUGCCCCGGUGAGAGGAGGAAGGGGGCGGGUGGCCUUAGUUACGCGUGGCUGAGAGAGGUUCUGUUCAGAAAGACCCGCUGGACAGAUGCGCAAGCUCUGUGCUUGGCUGACUGCAUUAAAGUCUGAGUCUGACGCCCCGGGGAUCUGCGUCCGGUCCCAGAAGGGGCAAAGUGGGACCAGCCUCACAUUCCACUGAUGCACCUAUCACACUGCGUGGAGCCUAUUUAUUUCGUAUUUAUUUGAACAGAGUUAUGUCCUAACUAUUUUUAUAGAUUUGUUUAAUUAAUAGCCUGUCAUUUUCAAGUUCAUUUUUUACUCAUAUUUAUGUUCCUGGUUGAUUGUACCUUCCCAACCCCUGAGAGGUGGGGCGAAGAGAGAAAGGGAGGCCACGGGAGCGACCCUUAGCCCGCGGCCCCCGCCACGAGAGGGAAAGGCAGGCUGCGGCGGGUCGCACCCAGGAAGCCUUAGGGUCUGAGGGUCAGAUUGGGGGCGGGAGGCGUGGGCGGAGUCUCCGUUCCAUGGAAGAUGGAAGUCCAAGCCCUUUUCUGGACCAGAAGGAUUUCUGUGUGUCCCCGUUUCUGAAUGACAGGGCAGCGAGGUGCCUAUCACUGUGAGUUUGAGAUGGGGGUCAGAGGAGGGGGUGGCCAGCCGCCCCCCCCCCCACCCCAGAGGUGGGCUCCUCCCUCCCGGCUUCCCCCCCGCCCGCUGCCCUGCUCAGUAACGCGGCCCACCUGCGGCCGCGCCGCUGCACUUUCCACUCCUCCAGAGCGGCCGCUGCGGACAAUUCAGAUGGGAUGCAAAGAUCAAUGCAAAAUUCACUGUUCUAUAUAAAUAGACUUAUAACUGGAAUUGGUGAAAAAGCAAAUUAAGAAAGAAUUGGAAGUUGUCAUUAAAAACAGCCUUCUAAUAAAGUUGUUUCAAAGCUGA